CAUCCUUCCUGCUUUAGUCUCUGUACAUUGUAAACACGAUUUCGCAACAGCCGGGACGCCACGAUGGAGGCUGAGGCAGCGAACUUCCGUUUUUAAACUACGAUGGACCAUUUUAGGGAGCUACACCUCUAAGCAGGGGCCUGUUUUUGUAGGAAAUUGAUCUCCAACAACAGACUGUAGAAUCUGUGUGGCGAGAUACCAGAAAGGAAGAUUUUUGGAACAAAUGAGCAAACCGUCGCAGCUAAAGCCCAACACCGAACAGAAGAUAGUGAGCGUCAUCCAGAGCCAGGUUAAAGGCAGCGGCUUGCAGCAGGUACCCCAGCUGGUGCCCGUCAGUCAGGGAGGAGGAGGGAAAGCCGUGACCCCGAGCAAGAUGAAGAAGACCAUAGCGGACAAAGAGAGCGACGAGUACCGGCAGCGGCGCGAGCGCAACAACCUGGCCGUGAAGAAGAGCCGCAUGCGCAGCAAGCAGAAGGCGCAGGACACGCAGCAGCGCGUCAACGAGCUGAAGGAGGAGAACGAGCGUCUGGAGGCCAAGAUCAAGCUGCUCAGCAAGGAGCUGAGUGUCUUGAAGGACCUGUUCCUGGAGCACGCUCACAACCUGGCCGACAACGUGCACCCCCAGAGUGCGGAUGUAGCCGGCGCUGCGCAGAACAACAGCAACAGCGUCAACAAGAUCAGCGGAGGCCAGCAGUGAAGAUCACGCUCCGUCCCGCUCCCGUCUGCCCGGGAUUGUGAAUUCUUACUGACUUCUGAACUAUCCUGCUUUGAGUACUGAAGUGUAUUUUCUCGAGGUUUUUCAUGCCAUGUAAAACAACUGAAUGCCCCUUAAACAUUCUCCUUGCAAAAAUUAAGUUCGUUAGUACUAAUGUUAAUUGUUUUGUAUUAUGGUAGGUAGUCAUGAAGUACUAAGGUUUUGCAAGUUAAAACACAACCUUUCAUUUAAACAACGCUGCGGUUGUUUUGUGUUAUGGUUGACUGUAGUGAGGUAUCAAGAUCGUGCAAGAAAUACUCUAUGUAUAUGUAAUAGAAAUUAUAUAAAUUUUUAAAUACAAGUGUUUUUCUCAGCAUUUAUUUUUAAUGUUAUCUGAGUGUGAAUUUGUGGGCGUCAUUGAGCAUGGUUUUUUGUCUGGUGUUUGUGGUUUUGUGUAAGUUUUUUAUUUCUAGAAACAGUUUUAGUUUCAUUUGCAUUUCCAUCACAAAAUUUCAAAAUCCCUUCUCUUGUUGAUUGUGAAUGCAUUAACCAUGGUUGCAUUUAUAUAAAGAAAAACUAUUUUCUAACCUUACAUUUUAAGAAUCUUUUCAUUACACAGUUUAAGCAGACUGACAAUCCAGCUGUCAUUUUUGUAUUUGAUUCUAAGAAUGAUAAUCGUUUCAGGAUCGCAUCAUUCUGUGCUGAAGUUACCAGACGUUCUCUGACAGACUUCUCAGAGAGUGUAUUUUGAGGAAAAAUAAACAAGCUGUUUUCUUGAUCAUCUAGCUGCGGUUCAACGCGUAGUAAAUUGUGGCAUCUGUAAUACCUUAUCACAGUAAAGCAGUUGCAGUCAUGAUAAGACUGGAUAAGCAUACUUCUAAUCUCAGCUCUGCAUGUUUAAUUUCUCUAAACUGUCUUGGGCAAGACCACAAAUCCUACCUAGAAAAGAAGUUUGUUGGGUUGAGGGGCAGAUUGAUCUUGGGCAGGAUGAAUAUUUGUCUUAGUUCUUCACAUGCUUUGUUUUACGUUGUAAAUACACAGACUCCCAUGGUUGGUCCAUGCCAGCCUGUGUAUAACACCCUGUUUUAAACCUUUCCUGCAUACUUAAAAAAUUAUCUUACACAGUCUUUUGAAAUCUACUUGCUUAUGCCAAAUGGUGCAAUUCUGGAGAAUCUAUCCAGUUGUUGUACUGCUUCUUUGCCUAUUGGCCAUUUUUAAUUGCCAGAGAUUAUGCUACAUUAAGAAAUUGAGAAUAUUUGCAUGGAAGAAUGCAGAUGGUUAAAAAUGUUGUACAUCUUUUUAUGUCUGUGUCCCAUAAAAUGAAAUUAAUUAUGCAAGUAAAUUAAUAGAGUUUACAAAUGGCAGAAAAUUAAUUAUGACAAGUUUUGUAUAGGAAAUGCUUCUUAUUUGACCUUUUGCUUAAGUACGAAUGUUGCUGGGCAGCAUUUCUCAGUCAGUGACGCUUUUUCUACCAGACUGGAGUUUGGUACUUUACUAAUUCAAAUAAAAGCAUCAUCAAAGCUA